AUGGCUGUGGAACUAAUGAUGGAUUACGGAAACACUAGGAAUUGUACGUUCGUGACCAAAUUGGAAGAAAAAGCAGUUGUACAAGAAGCUUCUUCUGGUCUUGAAAGUGUUGAGAAACUCAUCAGAUUGUUAUCUCAGACUCAGUCUCAACAAAUACAGCAUCAAAAACAGGGAUAUUUAAAGCAAAAUAACUCUCCUAUGGAAAUUGAAACGGUGGCAAAUGCUGCUGUUACAAAGUUCAAGAAGGUAAUUUCACUUCUAGAUCGAAACAGAACUGGCCAUGCUAGAUUUAGAAGAGCCCCUGUGGCUUCUUCUUCUUCUCAAAAUCCUACCAAAGAUUAUGUUGACACUAAAGUGUAUUAUCCUACUCCGAUCCAACAAAUACCUCUUGUUUCUUAUGAAAAUUAUAGUCAACAACUCCCUCUGGUUCCAAAGACCAUUAGUUUCUCUUAUUCUCCGGAGAUGUCUCGUACGAACUCGUUCAAUAUCUCAACGUUAACAGGAGAAACAGAGAGCAAGCAACAUUCUUCAUCUUCAGCUUUCCAAAUUACCAAUCUUUCUCAGGUCUCUAAUUCUGCUGGAAGGCCUCCUUUGUCUUCUUCUUCCUUGAAAAGAAAGUGCAGUUCAUCGGAAAAUGCCGUAUCUGGCAAGUGCAGUGGAUCUUCUGGCCGAUGCCAUUGUUCCAAAAGAAGGAAGUUAAGGCUGAAGAGGGUAGUUAGAGUUCCGGCAAUAAGCAUGAAGAUGGCAGAUAUACCACCUGAUGAUUACUCCUGGAGGAAAUAUGGACAGAAACCAAUUAAAGGAUCUCCACACCCAAGGGGAUACUACAAGUGUAGUAGUGUAAGAGGAUGUCCAGCACGAAAACAUGUUGAGAGAGCUUUGGAUGAUCCAACAAUGCUGAUUGUUACGUACGAAGGCGAGCAUAAUCAUUCCCUUUCAGUUGCAGAAACAAGUAGUCUCAUUUUAGAGUCUUCUUAGUUAGAACAAAUUGUAGUGAUAUUAAUAUAGCUUUAUUUGCCCUACAAAGAAGAAGGGUUUUCCUAUCAAUGUAAACUGGAGUAAUAUAUAUGUUUAGAACUAGUUGAGUCUUUAGUUCUAUCUCAAAGGAGAUUAAGCAUCGCAAUUAACUAAGUACUUUAUUCCUUGCGAAAGUGCUGGGCUUGCAUUUCGUUUUCAAUGGAUUUAAUUUUUAACAAUGUUGAUGUAAGUAAAUUUUAUA